AUGACAAGGCAAUAUGAUUCAAGAUACCAAUAUCCACCGAGAGUCCCACAACUUUAUCAACAACGACCACCUCAACAAAACCCAACUGAAACAACUGAACCUCCAAUACCAAUAAAUGCUAACUCAAAAUCUGUUCAUGUAUCUGGAAUUCAUGAGAGUGUAGAUGAAAUAUUAUUAGGAAGAAUUUUUUCUAUUGUUGGACAUGUUGUAUCUUGUAAAAUAAUGCGAGAUAAAUCUGGGACACACGCUGGUUAUGGAUUUGUGGAAUUUGUUGAUUCCACAACUGCUAGAUUUGCAAAAGAUAAUAUGGAUGGAAGAGUUGUUUAUGGAAGAGAAUUAAAAGUUAAUUGGUCAUAUACAGCACAACAAGAAAAUCAAGGGAGUUAUAAAAUCUUUGUUGGAGGUCUUCAACCAGAAGUAAAUGAUGAUCUGCUUUAUAAAACAUUUCAAAAAUUUGGUCGAGUAACAGAUGCACGAGUAUUAAAAUUUACACAAACAGGGAAGUCUAAAGGGUAUGGUUUUGUUACUUUUAUUAGAAAAGAAGAUGCAGAAACUGCAAUGCAAAUGAUGAAUGGAGAAAAGUUAGAAGGAAGAAAUAUUAAAGUGAAUUGGGUUACAUCAAACAUAGCAAGUAAAACAGAACAACCAAAACGUAGUUAUGAUGAAAUUAAUAAUGAAACGAGUAUUCAAAAUUGUACUGUGUAUAUUGGUAAUAUUCCAAAAAAUGUAGAAUCUGAUGACUUAAAACAAUUAUUGGCUGAAUAUGGGUCAAUAGAAGAAGUUAGAUUAAAUAAAGAUAAAGGAUAUGCAUUUAUUAAAUUUUCAAAACAUGAAUCAGCAACUUCUGCUAUUCUAAUGUGUAAUGGAAAAAUAAUAAAUGGAUCAACACUACGUUGUAGUUGGGGAAGAGAAAGUCAUUGA